AUUAAUUUUGUCGUCUUGUUGAAACCUAACAAAUUGGGAUUUAAAAAAACUCUCCGAUCAACCCCAAAUUGGGAUUAAGAACCCUAGAAAGAGAAAUGUCGGCGAACGAAAUACCCGACGAGCUAUGGAGAAAGAUUCUAGAGAUUGGGGUUAAGUCCUCAGCUUUCUCUUACAAAGAUCUCUGCUGCAUCUCCAUCUCCUCUCAUCGUCUCCGCCGUUUGUCUUCCGAUGAUUGCUUCUGGGACCUUCUUCUCUUUCAUGAUUUCCCCACCCACAUCAUCUCUGCUUCCUCUUCUCAAUCUCAAUCUCCCACCAAGUUUAUCUACAAGACUAGGUUUGAGAGGGAUAAGGAGAGGAAAUUAGCUGCCCAUAGGAGAGCUUUACUCAGGAAGGAGAGUGAGAUUUCUGAAUGGAGACGGAGAAUUCGUGAAUUGGAGUCUCGGUUAUCAGAAGAGGCUGAUAGAUUACAGUCUGCUUCUCUCGAGUUUUCUAAUUUGCACAAAGUGAGGCAAGCAUCAGUAGCUCUGAAGGUUUGGCAGCCAGAGAUCGUACGUGGCAGACAAAAACAAUUGGUUGAGCAAAACGCCGUUCCUGUUGAGGGUCGUCUGCGUGCAGUUGAGAUGGAGAUAAAGUUGUGCAAGCAGCAAAUCAUGGGUGUGAAUAGGGAACUUAGGGAGGUAAAACACCGAUUUGACAUAGCCAUAAAAGAGCUAGAAUCCAUGAAGUAUCAUCCUUUACGAGAUUACAACUCUAUAAGUAGUGGAGACCAAGGAAGUAAUAGCAAGACGAAGAAGUUGAAAACGAGCAUUAACUAUAGUGGUGGAAACCAAGUGAGUAAUGGCAAGAGGAAGAAGUUGAAAACAAGAAUUAACUCAGUUCCAGCAAUACACAGAAACGAGGACAAGCUGUUACACUCAGAAUCAGAAUGAUGGUUGGCUGCCCCAUUCCACACAUAGACACAGAACGCUGUAGUAGUAGUAGUUGUUGUAUUGUUUCUUGUUUCGUAUCCAAUUAGAUUUGCAGGAAUAAAGCUGAAAUUUUGUCACAGAAGAGAAUUUGCUCUACUUUGUAAGUUUUGGUUGAUAUGUAGGUAUUACAAUAUCAUGAAUGAAGAUAAAUUUGUUUAAGAAACUAAAACCGGCUUGU